AUGGUAGGUGUCAGCAAGCUCUGCACAGCAUUGGAGAGCAAUACCUCCCUUUGCUCCCUGGCGCUGGCUGGGAACGAGGCGGACGAUGAUGUCAUCGCCGGCGUGGAGGCGCUGGCGGCAGAUGUCGCCACGCGGCGCGAAAGGCAGCCCGCGCAGGCGCGCGUCACUUUCGCGGCGCUGCCCGCGGCAGGUGCUGGUGGUGGCGGCGGGUCGAGCUCUGAGGGCAGCAGCCCAGCGAGCUCCGCCUCCUCCUCGCCCUCGCCCUCGCCCUCGCCCUCGCACCGUGCGCAGGAGCCGAGGCGAGAAGGGCCGCCGCUACCAAGCCCCACUGUGCGUGGGGCCCCUGAGGAAGAGCAUCUGGACGACAUGGUGCAGCUGGUGGAUAACUUUGUCCAGCGCUUCAUGCAGCCUUCGGACGGCCAGGGCUCGAAAGCAGAGCCGAAGGCGACGGCCCAGGUGCGCCUGAAGCCUUUGGUGGUCGGCCCAGCAGUGCGCAGAGGCGCGAAGUCCUGUGAUGCAGGCAUCAUCUUCGCCCUGCUGGCCCCCAUCAUCGCAGAGAAGGGAACGGAACUGGAUGCCCAGCUGCUUCAGGGGCCCUCUUUUUGGGAGCAUCAGGAGGACUCUUUGCUGGAGGCCCUGGGCCAGGAGAUCGACAGCGAGGACUGCAGCCUGCUCAACGACGGCCCAAGCUGCCAGGCCUCCGCGUUCCUGCAGACGGGCGCGGCCCUUCACUGGUCGGAGUCGCCGCAGCUCCGGGCCGAGCUGCGCCGCGAGGAGCACGAGGACUCGGCCUUGUCCUUCCUGCAGGAGGAGACGGUCAUGGAGACCGCUGUCGGGGAGGUGCACCGCAGCAAUGUGGCCGAAGAGGUGGCCGAGUCACGGAGCCAGAAAGUGGGGGAGGUGCAUGCCGAUCGGUCACAGCUGCGGCAGUGGCAGGAGGACGGCGUGGAGGUGUAUUCCAUGUCACAGGCUGCCCCCUCCGUCAGCAGCUUCGCCUCCGAAGCAAAGGAGGCCUUGCACAGUCUAGGAGUUCACCCAGUGAAGGGCAUGAAGGGCAUCACCGGCUUCUCCGUUCUCUGGGUUCUUCUGCUGGUUGUCAUCAGCAUGACCUCCAUGGCCGCAAUGCUCUACUGGGGUCCUUGGAAGCUUGAUGAACAAGGCCCUCAGUGGCUGCCGGAAGCCUUGUCACAGGACCUUGUGGCACGCGAGGCGAAGGACACGAAGGCUGCCAAGGCACCAGAGUUAGAGGAGGGCGACUGUCCAGCCCAUGCCGAGCCAAAGAGCGAGCUUGGGAGCCGAGAGCAGCAACAGGAGCAGGAUCAGCAGGUGCAGGACCGCUUCGAGCAGCUGGUGCGGGAGGCGGCCGUGUGCGGUGAGGCGAAUUUGGAGCAGGUCCUUCCCUCCGCUGCAGGCUACGACUGCGCUCUCUCCAAGCCGGUGAGCAGCGGACGCCCCGUGAAGCUGCUCUGCCGCAUCGAGGGGCCUCUGCCCGGUGGCCCGCCCCCCCUGGGCCUGCUCCGAGCACCGCUGAGCCAGCGCAGCUGCGUCUGCUUCACGGCCGUGGCCGAGGGCGCCGCGCCUCGGAAGGCUGCCGAGGGCGUGGACUUCCAAGUCUCUCUGGUUGGCGCGCCCUGGAUCCGCAUCGAUGUGCAGGGACACGAGGUGAAGCUUUUGGACACGCCGGAGAACGCCUACACACCCUACCAAGCCUUCGGCGACCUCCCCAAACACUGGAAGAAUUUUGUGUCCCCAGAGCGUGACUCCAAACUCUUUGGCCUGCCCCAGUCGCUACAGCCACCGCAGCCACCCGCCUCCGCACACCUGGAGGGGCAGCCUUUUCGCUUCCGCGAGGACGUUCUCCAGGUGGGUUCCGAGGUGGUGCUCUGUGGCGAGCUGAUCCGGGACUCAAGUGGCCGAAUCUUCCUCCAGCCUUGGCAGUGGGCUGCACCCGACGGCUCUGACUCUUGGCGCACCUCCUGGGAACUGGAUGGAUGCGUGGACCUGAGGCCUCAUGUCCUGGCCACCACGGACAGUGCCUUGAUGGAGAGCCAAGAGGCGCCACCAGUGGCAGCAAGCUACUUUGACGAGUUUGCGGUGAUGGUCCCUUGA